AUGAGCGCUCUUGCUGACACCACUAACACCAUCACCCAAGAGAAGGAGACUGUAGAGAAGGUCGCUACCGACUCUGUCGAGAAAGUCAACGAGACGGCCGCUGUCGUUGAAAACACUCCUGAAGUCGCUGCCAAGGCAUCGGAAGAGGUCGUUGCUGAACAAAAAGUUUCGGAAGCAGAAACCAAGAUUACUGAAGCUGUCGAUGAAGCCAAGGUCACUGUUGAAACUCUUGUUGAGACAGUGUCUGUUGAAACAACCGAUGGGACCAACACCGUUCAAACUACCACUGAGACCGUCACUGUUGAAGUUACCGAUGCGACGCCAAUGGAAGAGGCUGCUGAGGAGCUUUCUCCAGAAGAGAAGCAAAAGAAGUACACUGAGCAGCUCAUUGCUGGUCGCCGCUUCAUGAAGACUAACGUCUUCGACAAGGCUACGGAAGCUCUCAGUCUGGCUGCUGCUCUCGGAGCGGAAAUCUUCGGAGAAGCACAUGAGGAGACCUUCGAUGCCAACUUCUUGUACGGAAAGGCUCUUCUCGAACUUUCCAAGAUCGAAGACGAGGUUCUCACGAACGCUCUCACCGACAUGCCAAAGGGUGAGGAUGAGGUUCAAGAUGAUAUCGUCGAAAACCCGGACAAAGUUCCAGAGGAAGAGCGGGAGGAAAUCAAGCAACAGGUGGAGGAAGCUCUUGGUGUCGCCGCGGAAAAGCCAGAAACCAUCGAAGAAGAAAUGAUGGAGGCUACCGAAACGGAGAAGAAGGACGAGGAAACCGUCGAUGAAACGAAGGAGGAAGUGGCUGCUGCUGCUGAUUCCACCGAGACUGAGGAUGACGAGAUGGAAGCUGUUGAAGAAGAAGGUGCCGAAGAACAAGACCCAGAAGCCGAACAAGCGGAAGAUGGGGCCGAAGAUGACGAUGACGAAGAGCCAAUCAAGCUCGCUUGGGAGCUCCUUGAGACGUCACGCUGCAUCUGCGAGAAGAAGCUUAAGAGCCUUGAAGGCGAAGAGAAUGCCGAUGCUGUCAAGGUCUGGAAGCUGAACCAGGCUGACGUGCUCACUUCUCUCGGAGAGCAUGGAAUCGUCGAUUCUAAGUACGAACAAGCUCAAAAAGAUUUGGCCGAGGCUGUCGCCAUUCAAAGUGCUCUUCUCCCAGCGACUUCUCGCAUUCUUGCCAACACUACUCACCUUCUCGCAAAGUCUUUCAGCUUGGAUUCGAUCUUUGAGAAGGCUGCCACUCACUUCUGUGAAUCCAAGAAUAUUUUGAUUGCAAAGGUUGAGGAGUUGAAGAAGCAACUAGAGACCGUUGCCGAGAACGAGAAGAGCGAUAUUGAGGUUGAAAUCGAGGAACUCGAGGCUGUCAUUCCAGAACUUGAUGCUUUCGUUAUCGACGCACGUGCAUCUGCCGAGCAAACUGAGAAGCUCAAGGAGACUGUCAAGAAGGACCUUGAGGAAGUCGCUGCGAACAUCUCAAAGUUGAGCGGCGAGGAGACCAAAGACAUCACCAACAUGGUUCGUCGUCCAACCAAACGUCCAGCUUCCGAGGAACCAGCCGAGGUAUCCAAGAAGCGCAAGUCGGAGGAAGGAGCCGCCACUGUUCCAGACGAGAAGGCAAUGGAGACCACUGAGGAAUCCGAGUCAGCUACAACUCCAACUGCUCCAGUUGCUAGUGAAUAA